AUGAUUGUUUCGCAUUCAGUAGAGCUAGGCAGGGCGCUUAAAUCGCAAGAUGGAGGUGACUCUACAUCUGUUACGAGUGCAGCAGAAAAUGAGAUAAAAAAGGCUGAAGUGUCAAUAAUAAAAACUAAGAGAAACUCUAUCAAGAAAAAGGUACAGAAUUUAAGUCAUGAAUCUGAUGAUGCCGUUAACGAACCCUUACUUAGAAAUGAAUCAGAUAACAAUAGUCAAAGUGCCAAAUUUAUUCCCGCACCAAAAACAGAGAGUGCCAAUGAUAUCAUACGUGAUAAAAAUUAUAUUUUUAAUGACGCGAAAAUGAAAUUAACUGGUAUUCAAAAUAACACAAACGACUUUCCACCACAUAAGCUGGACUGUACAGAAACGGCCCCUUUUCAUAAUCAUAUGAAUACAAAUGUUUUCAAUAGCUUUGAUCCUACUAGAAAUGCUUCAUUACCCAAAACUCAAAUACUGGUUGAAAUAGAGGGAUGUAAGUCAAUUCCGUAUAACCCAAGCUCACUCAUUUUUACAACGGCUAGAAUACAUAAUGAUAAUAAAUCUAAAAACUUGGAACCAGUACAGAUGACAGCCGUGCCAAUAUUAUCAACUAUUGAAGUAAGCAUGUCAAACAAUAAGAAAUCCAAUGAUACAUUAAAAACUAUGACUUCUACGGCGAAUACAAACGUAAAAGAAGAACAACAGAAAGCCGAACCUGAUGCAGUGUGUCAAGGUAUAAUGACUAAGCCAUCUGAUACGAAAAUACAUCAUAGUAUUAAAGAUAAAACUGCAGCAAACGGUAAAAACAUUCUAAAAUAUGCUAAAAAUACGACAAACAAUGUUUCAGUGAACCCUGAAGCAAAACUGUCGCUAGAAAGUAAAAUUGUCCCACAAACAGAGGAUAAAUCCCAACAAAAUAAGACCACUUUAUUAGGUGGAAGCGGCAAAAAAGACGGUAAAGGUUCAAAGGAAAAUGAGUCGAGUAAUAAUUGUGAAAAUAUGAAAAAGAAAAAUGUUAGCGAGAAUAAAGCAGAUGACAUUAAAAACUCAAAAAAUAAUAAUACUUUAAAUUCUGGAGAAAAUAAAACGGAUAUAUCAACAAAGCAAAAUUUACAGAGUGUUAAAUGUGGUAUUUCUUCUUAUAGCAACAAGUCAUCCAAAGAUACGGUGUCUGCAAUAAAACAGUUACCAAGGCAGAAAACUGCCAUUGUAGAAGAUAUUGAUGAUUUACCAUGUAAAACAAAAUCUGUAAAAACUGAAACUACUACUAUCAGUGCUUCAAAAGAAACUACGAAAGUACCUGUUGAUGUUAUAAAGUCAUCCAAAGGUUCGACGCAGCAUAAUGUCUCAAUCAUCAAUGAUCAAAAUAUUAUAAAAACAAGCGCUAUUAAUAGUCCAAUUACAACAAUCAUCACUUCUACUACUUCGCCCAAGUCCUCUUCGGUAAUUAUAACGAAACCCGUUGCAGUUACAGCGCCUAUAUCGACUAUUCUAACACCAAUUGCCUCCACGUCAAGACCUAAAAUACCUUUAGAUUCCAAACCAAGUUCCACACAGAAUACUACGGUUGUGACAAAAACAACCAGCAGCGGUAUGUGUAUAAAAUCAGAAACAAGUGUUUCUUCUCCAGCUGCAAUAAAUAAUAAACCCAUUGUUACUAAUACGGUAAAAUCGGAUUCUGGUCUUAACAAUUCGACAGCCUUAAAGAAUGUUGUAAAAUCACCACUAGCUAAAACUGCUUCGGUGAAAAUACCAACAACCAACGUGAACAAAGUACCAUCAGCAAUAAAAUCAACAGUUUCAGUGAGUACGCCAAAAUCACAAGCGCCAACGUCGAAUGUAAGUAUGGCAUUGACUUCAGCCAAUAAUAUUUCCAAAUCAGAAACAAGUAAAAACAAUGGGUCAAAACCUAACGAAUUUAAAAAAGAUGAUAGAAGUUUUAAUGUCUAA